UGAACACACCACCAGUGUACCAUAAGCAAGCGCCUAAUGUGUCUCUCUCUCUCUCUCCUUUCCUGGGUGAUUUUCUAUUGCGCAUUCUCACUGGUGUUGUCCACAAACUUAUCCCUCUCCUUUUCAGUUUAGUCUCUAUUGCCCCCUAUGUAUUGUGUGGUUAUUAAUCAAUAAAAUAACUUUCCUAAUCUUUCGUGAUUCUCUGCUUCUUGGGUGAGCAUGGGAGUGCCUGUAACCCAUUGAAGGCCGUAGGAAGAUACCAAAUAGAGCCUUAGCAUUGCUCGAUUCUUCCGAAAUAAUGCCCAUGUGGCUUCCACGUGGCUUCUAGCUGAAACACGAACUCGUCCCGCCAGAUUCAGGUAUUGGUGGUCAGUACAGGGAAACUGUAAGACUAGUGUCGUGGGAAGAGAGAGAGACAUUGUCCAUGUGUUAAUCACCAAAGAUGAAAUGAAGAUCCUCUACUGUCUAUGAAGAAAUCUGUGUAAGGGUUUUCUUCUUUCAAAGAUUGAAAUCUUCCCGUGCUCAGCGAAGUUCAUUCUGGACUUUUUCAUUCAUGGGUGGGUAUGGACUUGAAUUGCGUCGUUGGAGCUAUACGCCAUUGUCGGAGAAUUCUAGCUUUUGGUCAUGGGAAGGCAUUCCAUUCCCACUUAAUAAAAUUUGGUUUCUUAAAGGAAGUUUUUAUUGUAAAUAAUUUGAUUGCCAUGUACACGGAUUUCAGAUUUCUGGAGGAUGCACAGCAGUUGUUUGACGAAGCGCCUAAAAGAAAUGUGGUAACAUGGACCACAAUGAUCUCUGCAUUUACUUACGCUGGACGUCCUCUUGAAGCAUUGAGGUACUUCAACUGGAUGUCAGAGUCUGGAUCAGAAAUGCUCAAUAGUUUUACGUUUUCUACAGCUCUGAAAGCAUGUGCCCUCUUGGGGAGUCUCGAAUUGGGUAAAUCGAUCCACGGAAAUAUUCCUAAAGUGACAUUGGAUUCUGAUACCGUUUUGAUGAAUACCCUUCUUGACAUGUAUGUUAAAUGUGGGCGUUUGUGUGAUGCUCAGAAGGUUUUUGAUGGGGCUUUGUCUCCAAAUUCAAAUUCAUGGAACACAAUCAUUGCAGGGUAUUCGAAGGAAGGUAGGAUGGUGGAGGCAUUGAAUCUAUUUCAACAAAUGCCUGAACCUAAUGUUGUCUCAUGGAACACCAUUAUUGCAGGCUUAACACUUAAAGAGAGUGUACAGGCAUUGGAAUUUACAUCUACAAUGCACAGAAAAGGCAUUAGGUUUGAUCAGUUUACAUUCCCUUGUGUUCUGAAAGUAUGUGGAAGUCUGCAUCUAUUAACAGUGGGGCAACAGAUCCACUGCUAUGUGGUCAAAUCUGGGUUUGAUUCUGAUUGUUAUACCGGCUCUGCUCUAGUUGAUAUGUAUGCAAAAUGUACUAGGGUGGAUGAAGCAACAAAGUUUUUUGAUCAAUACUCUCGACAUGAAGCAUCUGUUCAUGAUAAGUUGGCACUUUGGAAUUCUAUGCUUUCUGGUUAUGUUCUUAAUGAACACCGUGAUGUGGCCCUUGAUCUGAUUUCAAAAAUGCAUGGCUCUGGUGCAUUUCUUGAUUCAUACACUUAUAGCAGUGUUCUGAAGAUCUGUAUUGACUUGCUAAAUUUAAGUCUUGGGCUUCAAGUCCAUGGUUUAAUUGUUACAAGUGGGUAUGAAUUAGACUGUGUUGUUGGAAGUGUUCUUAUAGAUUUUUAUGCAAAACUUGGAGACACCAUGCAUGCGUUAUUAUUGUUUCAGAUGCUUCCAAAGAAGGAUAUAAUUGCAUGGUCUGGUUUGAUUGCAGGAUGUGUUAAAGAAGGAUCACACUUUUUAGCGUUUUCUCUAUUCAAAGAUAUGUUUUUUUCAGAUAUUGAAGUGGAUCAGUUUGUUAUAUCAAGUGUCCUUAAAGCUUGUUCAGAUCUAGCAGGAUUUGAAAGUGGUAAACAAGUUCACACAUACUCUAUUAAGAGUGGAUAUGAAAUGGAGGGGGUGAUUGUCACCUCUCUCAUCGAUAUGUACUCAAAAUGUGGUGAAAUUGAAGCUAGCUUAAAGUUGUUUAGUGGUGUCAGCAACAGAGACACAGCGUGUUGGACAGGGAUCAUAGUUGGCUGUGGCCAAAAUGGUAAACCAGAGGAGGCAAUACAAUUCUUCCAAGAUAUGCUGAAAUCAGGGGCAAAGCCAAAUGAGAUCACAUUUCUAGGAGUUCUUUCAGCAUGUAGGCAUGUUGGUUUGGUGGGGGAAGCAUGGAACUUUUUCAGGUCUAUGGGAGUGGAGCAUGGGCUGGAACCAUGUCUAGAGCAUUACAGUUGUAUGGUUGAUCUUCUUGGUCGGGCUGGAUGUUUUGAUGAGGCAGAGAAGUUGGUACUCUCAAUGCCAUAUGAGCCAGACCACAACAUAUGGCUCUCCUUGCUUGGUGCCUGUGGGAUUCACAGGAAUGUUGAACUUGGUAAGCGCAUUGGUAGACAUCUUCUUGCAGUCUCGCCAGAAGAUCCAUCUGUGUAUGUGACAUUGUCGAAUAUUUAUUGUUGUCUGGGACUCUGGGAAGAAUCAAGCAAAUUGAGAUAUGCCAUGAAAAAUCUGGGGACAAAGGAAGCAGGGAAAAGCUGGAUUGAGGUCAGAAGUUGAGAAAUGCUGCUGGGAGAGCAGUACACAGCUUCUUCUGAUGGUUGGGAAGGAUAACAGACCAACCCUUAGUGGAGGGAUUCCCAAGAGAAGCAAACUACAGUUUAUAGGGAUGCUUGCACACUUUUUCCCUUCUAUGCUCAGUCUACAGAUCAACAAAGUUCUAUUUUAUACAACCACCUCGAGGUUGAGGAUUGGAUCCAUUGGAAAGGAAAAAGAAAGAGGAUAUUGAAGGUGAUCUGUGAUUAUAACAAAUUGACACCACAUGAUUCGGACAAAACAUAAUCCUUUUUGAGCUCUUCAGGUAUUUCUGUUUUUUCCUCCUCUUUUCAGGGAAAGGAUCUGAAGCCUAUUUCACUCCACUCAUUUUCUGGGUGCCGUAGCACUUGACCGUUGUCCAAGCCGAUCAAGGGAAGUGUUUUCAUGUUGGGGGGAUGAGUGACUUGUUAUCUUGCAGAGAAGUGUGUUAUACACGAUUUCCACUUGUAUUUUUGCCUGAUGGCUGAUGGACACUUCAAUUUGAGAGGGCUUUAGGAAGAAAGUGAAUUCAUUGCUUCCAUUUCUUUUUGCGAAAGCCGAAAGGGUUUGUGUUUGGUUGACGUGACAGAAUUCUCACAAUUAGGGAAUGCCCGGGGCAGGACUAUCUACAGGCUGCAAAUCAUCUGUGAAAAGGUGAAUGAAGGUGGCAUGUUCACUGGUUUCUUUGAUCUUGUGAUGCUGAUCGUGUUCUGAAAGUUAGAGAGCUGCUUGCAAGAUGCUGAUCGUUUGAAGAAGUUUAGCUUUCCAGCAGCAGGCUCUAGGACAUUUUUUGAUUGGUUAGUCCUCCUGAUGGUGUAAUCUGUUAUUCUUUUCAGGUUACAUGUGGCAUACAAGAUUAAUCUAGAGAAAAUUUUGAUUGCAAUUACUAAUUCACCGUUGUAUCUCUUUUUCUUCCAGAAGAAUAUAUUUAUAAUGGGAAGAUGGAGCUAAUAGGGAAGACUUUGAUUGCAAAUUACUGAAUGUAGUGAGAAGGUUGACUUUAUACAUAAUUGUAGAAUCUCAAAACCCUUUUUUUUUUUUUCUUUUUGUGGAAGACAUGUCAUUUGCAUGUUGUUCAUGCCAUUUGAUAAUCUUGGUUCUAGUUUCUGUAUUGUUUUAAUGCUCAUUUAAAGUAGUGGUUGGCAGUACGAUUGCGUUAUUUUAA